AUGGCAGCUGUUCGAGCUGGAGCAGUUGGAAUAUCACGCAGUCCUCGUUUUACAAUAUUUUCUAGUCGAGGCAGUGACUGGUCCACACCUCGAGAAGCCACAACCACUCGCAAAGGAAGAGGGUACGGGAUUUCAGUUACUACUGCAGAGAUGGCUCAAACGCGAUUCAAGCAACGAAGGAAGUUCAUGGACUUGAAAAUGAAGCUCUGUGAUUGGACAUUGUUCUUUGCCAUGUCUGGCUUACUUCUGGCAAUAAUUGAUGUGGAAAUGACAGCUAGCCAAAUGCCUUAUAGGCUUAUAUCCUUUUCAAUAUCACACUCUGGCAUAUCUUUUGGUUUACGAGUAAUUUGCAUAUUUCUAACUGUUCUUCUAUUAUUAACGCUCAUAGCAUAUCAUCUAGUUGACACAAAGAUUUAUCUAAUCGAGACAGGGAACGAUCACUGGCGGAUUGGAAUGACUAGAGAAAGAUUGAUGAAACUGUUGCUCGAGCUUCUCGUCUGUUCUAUUUGCCCUUUCCCAGAUACUGGAGUUGUGGACUGGCCUUUACUGGGAAUUGAAGCUGCGAAAAGUCGGGAACGUGUCUACAUUCCAACAAAUGUCCUCGUUGUUAUUCCGAUGUUUCUCCGUCUUUAUAUAAUAUGUCGUUUUAUUUUGAUGCAUAGUCGCCAAUAUCAGGAUUGUGCCACACGAACAAUCGCAUCUCUGAAUCAUGUAGGGGUUGAUUUCCGAUUUGUCUUCAAAAGUCAAUUGUAUAAACGACCACUAUACGUUCUGGGACUAGGAACUCUAUUUUUCUGGACUGUAGUCACUUGGACUCUGACUCAAUGCGAAAGAUAUACGUUCCCUGCCAUUUCUAGUAUUCAGCAUUUCUUCGAUUACUUAUGGUUUGUCAUAAUUACCUUCUUCUCGAUUGGAUAUGGUGAUAUUCAAGUUCAAACGUUUUGUGGUCGAGGACUUGCAAUGCUAACAGCAAUUGUGGGAACCUUAUUUUCCUCGACAUUGAUUGCUCUAGUUGGCCGAAGACUAGCACUAUCAUCGAGUGAGAAGCGUGUUAAUCAUCUUAUUGCUGAGAACCAAUUAACAAGAGAUCAUAAGCAUGCGGCAGCACGGGUUCUACAGAAUACUUGGAGAUCUAUAUUGCUUAAAAGAGCAUUAGAAGCUCAUCGGAGCACACAAGGAGCUUUACGACUAGCUUCAGCCCAAAGGGGGCUAUUAAGAGCAGUGACCUUAUUCCGCAAAACUCGUUGGCGUCUAAGAAUGCAACUUGAAGAAGAAGACGAUUAUUUCACAGCUAGAAGAGCUUUCUUAGAAACAGAGGACCGACUAUCGAAAGUUCGCUUACGUCAGAAUCAACUGGAUUCCAAACUGGCACAGUUAUUCAAAAACGUUGAGCUACUUACUAAGAUUGUCAAUCCUCAAGUGACCGUAAAUAGAAGUGAUUCCUCAUUGACAGUAGACACUUUGAAAGUCAACUGUUCUCAUCGUUUUUCCACAUGA